AAAUCCAAAAAGAAAAGAAUAUCAAUAAUUUCCAUUGUUUUAACUUUUAUAUAAGAAAUCUAUUAGAUAUCUUUUUUUAAUAGAGAUUAGAUAAGGGUUAUCGAAUAAUGAGCAUAAAAGUAACCAUGAGAUAUACUCUGUCUACUUGGAAGAAAGUGUAUCAAGGAUUUGUCUUAUUUUUAAUCUAACUUUUUUUUCACAUUUAACCCCAGAACCGUUUCACGUGCCUGACCAGUGAUAUCAAUUGUAAAUAUUUCAUCAUCCACUUCGUUUCUAUAUAAAAUAGCAGUAAAUCGGCCUAUAAAAUCUCUUCAAGCUGCUGAUUGCCGAAGCUUGCUAAAGACAAUAUGGAAGCAUACUCACUCUUUGAUAUGAACGUUGGAGAAAUGGUUGGAUCCAGUACAGUUUAUUUGGUUAUUAUAACAGCUCUACUCUGUAUUGUCAACAGCAUUGUUAAGAAGACUCCACUACCUCCUGGACCAUGGAACUUUCCGGUUGUUGGCUCCCUGCCGUGGUUGUCUAUUAACAGUCCACAUAAGACUCUGUACAAUAUGGCAAAAACUUAUGGUAAUGCAUUCUAUUUGAAAUUCGGUUCUAUUCCAACAUUAGUAUUGAAUGAGUAUCAAACGAUACAUGACGCCUUGGUUGACAAGUCUGAAGACUUUUCUGGAAGACCUGACCUUUUCUCUUUCGAGUACGCUUCGGAAGGAAAGUCUAUGUCUUUUACUGGCUGCAAUAGAAGGUUUUGGAAAUUGCAUAGACGGUUGGCUGAAAAAUCUUUGAAAACAGUGAUGGAAUCCACUUUGAAUUUGGCCUCUGAAGAGGCUAGAAAUUUGGCUGAAAUGUUUACUGAUAAUACAUUGGACCCACGAGAACAGGUACUAUGGUCAAUGGCCAAGGUUAAAUAUACCUUAUGCUAUGGCAAUUAUAAAAAAAAUCUGGACCACUUUCAUAAAAUGAUCAAUGCAGUUCUUAAAGUCUUAGAAUUACAUAAUACUGGUAACUUUCUGAAUUUUAUUCCCUUGGCAAGAACAAUUUUCAAGAAGAGAGAAAGAGAAUUAAAAGAAACAUGCGAUAAAAUGAUGGAUAUGACAAAAAUAAGCGAAGAAAAACAUUUGGCUGAAUACAAUAGAGAUAAAAUUGAAGAUGCUAUGGACGCUUUAAUCAAAAUUGGUAUUGACGAGGGUAGAUCACCUUUAGAAAGAGAUAGAAUUCUUCACACAGUUCAAGAUUUUAUUGGGGCUGGACUUGAUAUUACGUACAUUUCUAUAAAUUGGUGUCUCCAAUACAUGGCUAAAUAUCCUAAUUUCCAAAAAUUGGUUCAAGACGAAAUUGAUCAAGUAUUAGAGGGAAGACCAGUAACCCCAUUGGAUCAACCUUCGAUGCCGAAAACUAUGUCAUUCAUAUACGAAGUUCUUCGUCAUGCUUGUGUUGUACCUUUUGCUCUACCUCAUUCAACUGUAAGAGAUACAACACUACAAGGCUAUAGAAUACCAAAAGAUACGUUUGUCUUGGUAAAUUUAUUUUCGAUGACAAGAGACAUUAAAGUUUUUCCGGAACCGGAAGUUUUCAACCCAAAUCGAUUUAUUGAUAAUGGCAAUUUAAAUGCGGAUGUUCUUAAUAGAUUUAUUCCAUGUGGGAUUGGUCGAAGGCGUUGUGUGGGUGAAAAAUUAGGCAAAACUGAGUUAUUUUUAUACGUGGUCAACAUCUUACAGAAGUUGAACGUAAAUCAGGUAUCAGAAAUCAAUUCUACACCAAUAUUUGGCCUUGUUCAAAAACCUAAACCUUUUCAAUUGAAUUUUGCCUCAAGAAAAUGAGUUGUAUCUCUUAAUUUAUUUAUUUUUCUAUUAUUGUUUUGAAUCUGAUAAAUUAACUAUUAUUUAUCUGUAACAAAAAAUUUGUAUGUACAAAGAAGAUGAACGAAAUGUAACGGAGGAUUGUAACAAAAGACGAAAAUGAUAGUGAAUCUUAUUGUGAUGCUUUCAAAUUUCUGUGAAAAACUUUUUUCAAAUUGUAUACAAUAUAUUACUACUCAAUUGUUCAAAACAACAUAUUUAAUACAACAUAUUAUAUGCUUUUUUUAGAAAAAA